AUGCAGGAUCAUCCCAACUACAAGUACAGACCACGGCGGAGAAAGAACAGCAAGCGAACCACCAAAACGACAAAUACAGGCGGUGGUGGUCGUAACGGCACGCCCACCGAUGAGGCAAUAUCCGUCUACCCGAAUGCCGGCAACACUCUUAGCGGGGGCCCCAAUGGCGUUCACGAGAUGGCCGCCGACAACUCCUCCAUCAGCUCGCCCAGUUUGGACUACUGCGGCGUGCAGACGCCCGAGUCAUCGCCUCAUGGCAGUCCACUCGCUGAGAUGAGAGGCAAUGGCAAUGGCAGCAGCAACAACAACAACACCUCCGCAGCCGACCUGUACCGCUACAGCAGCUCACCACGUGCUUUCUACAAUCAAAACUACGCCACGCCCACCAACACCACCACCGUGGGCUCUCCCGGAAUAGAAAUGACUUCGGUGGGAAGCAACAACAACGGCAAUAGUAAAAAGAACAAUGGCUCAUCGAGCUCUUCGAGCAGUCUUCGUGACACCAUCAAGUCACUGCCCACACCGGAAAUGUCACCGGUAGAGGCAAAUGAGAAGGCGGCGGCUGCAGCUGCUGCAGCAGCAGCAGCAUCCGGUCAGAAUGAUCCAGCACUGAGCCAGCAGUACUACGGACAACUGCUCCACAAACAGCAGCAGCAGCAUCACAAUGGCCUCGCUGAGAGCAUGCAUUCCCAGAUGUACAAUGCAGCAGCAAUGGCUUUUCAGCAGCAACAACAGUACUCAUCUCAGUACAAAAUAAAGAGUGAGCAUCAGGAUGAGCAGCUCCUUCUCGGCUCCUCUCCGCCCAACAGCAGCAGCAACAACAGUCAAAGCCUGAAGAGCCCACAGGAGAAUCCGUUCAGUGAGCUGGUGAACCGUUUCAGCGGCUCUUCGACCUUUCUGCGCAAUGUCUGUCCGCCGUAUGCCUAUCGAAUGCAAAGUCGGGAAUCGAUUGAGGAGAUGCAGCGAUCGGCAAAUGCCGCAGCCUCGGCGGCCUACCUGAUGGGAGGGCAAACCGGGAAACAGCAGGGCCAAAUGGAUCAACAACAUCAGCAACAGCAAUUUGACGGCUCGGCGAGCAGUCGGUCAAUGCUGCAGCAGCACCUGGAGCUGCCCAUGACACCCGAUUCAAGCUUCACAGAUUAA